AUGGAUUUGGGAGAAGGUGACUCGCCGUGGGGCGACGUCCCCUCGCAGUCGUCCAAGGCCCCCUUUGAAUCCGAGUCGGAACCCUCGCAAGGCGCCGAGUCGUCGCAACCAUCACAGCAGCAGCAGCAGCAGCAUCAGCCGUCCGUCAAGUCGCCGACUGCCCGUGGCCCGCGCAAGCCCAUCCGCCGCCUCCAGGCCCAGCCGACCACCAUCCAGUCCGACGACCCUCUCGGGCCCCUGGGACCGCUCGGCGACAACAAUGCCGGCCCCGCCGCCGACGCCCAGGCUGACGAGCCGCCCGCCCCGCCGCAGAAGGAGCAGAUGGUGAUCCGCACGACCAUGCCCUCCCAAUCGGGGCGCAAGACGGGCCCCAAGGACCCCCACGGUCUGGACGACGAGGACGACUACGACCGACCGACCGGCCCCCGUGCGCCGCCUCCCGUGCAGGCCGCCCAGCCGAGCCCCAUCCGCACCAGCACGCAGCCCAGCGUGAGCGUCGAGCAGGCCUCCAAGCCCAGCUUCCAGAUCACCGUGGGCGACCCGCACAAGGUCGGCGACCUCACCAGCUCGCACAUUGUCUACUCGGUCCGGACGAGGACCACGUCCAAGGGAUACAAGCAGCCCGAGUUCGAGGUCAAGCGCAGAUACCGGGACUUCCUAUGGCUGUACAACACCAUGCAUGGCAACAACCCCGGCAUCGUCGUGCCGCCGCCGCCCGAGAAGCAGGCGCUCAACCGCUUCGAGACAAACUUUGUCGAGUCCCGUCGACAGGCCCUCGAGAAGAUGUGCAACAAGAUCGCCACCCACCCUACUCUGCAGCACGAUCCCGACCUGAAGCUGUUCCUCGAGAGCGAGUCUUUCAAUGUCGAUAUCAAGCACAAGGAGCGUCGCGAGCCUAUCCCCGGCGAGAGCAAGGGCGUUCUGGGUUCACUCGGCAUCAACGUUGGGAGCAGUAACAAGUUCGUCGAACAGGAUGAUUGGUUCCAUGAUCGCCGUGUCUACUUGGACGCGCUCGAGAACCAGCUCAAGUCCCUCCUCAAAGCCAUGGACACCAUGGUCAACCAGCGCAAGGCCAUGGCGGAGGCUGCGGGAGACUUUUCGGCAUCUCUGCACGCCCUCUCUACAGUCGAGCUGAGCCAUACCCUGUCUGGCCCUCUCGACGCCCUCUCCGAGCUUCAGAUCACGAUACGCGACGUCUACGACCGACAGGCCCAGCAGGAUGUGCUCACCUUUGGUAUCAUCAUCGACGAGUACAUUCGCCUGAUCGGCAGUGUAAAGAAGGCCUUCGAGCAAAGACAGAAGGCCUUUUACAGCUGGCACAGCGCCGAGUCGGACCUACAGAAGCGCAAGGCGACGCAGGACAAGCUCCUUAGGCAGGGCAAGUCUCAGCAGGACCGACUCAACCAGGUCAGCGCCGAAGUGGCCGAUGCUGAGCGCAAGGUCCACCAGGCUCGUCUCCUGUUUGACGACAUGGGACGGCUGAUGCGCGCCGAGCUGGACCGAUUCGAGCGGGAGAAGGUCGAAGAUUUCAAGAGCGCUGUGGAGACUUUCCUGGAGAGCUCCGUGGAAGCACAGAAGGAGCUGAUCGAGAAGUGGGAGACGUUCUUGAUGCAAUUGGAUGCCGAGGACGAUGAGACCGUCUUUUACAGGCCUCCUGUUAUCGAGACCGAGGCGAAUAAGAGGGGCGGAGACACCGCUGUGGACAGGGCCAGGGCGCGGAUAGAUGAGGACUCGGAUUAG